GUGAGUGGGUGAGUCCUUGAUGGAGGGGGUCUCGGCGGUGUCGCGGGAGAAAUGUUGGGGCAGUACGGCUCCAACGGCGAAGUCGGAGGCAUCAGUGGUGACAUAGAAAUGGCGAGUGGGGUCGGCGAUCUUGAGGACAGGGGUCGUGGUGAUGGUUUGCUUGAGGAAGUCGAAAGCCUGUUGGCGGCGAUCGUUCCAAUUGAAGGGCUCGUCCUUGCGUGUGAGGUUGUGGAGAGGGUAAGAGAUCUCGAAAAAGUUGCAAAUGAACGGGCGGUAAUAGUUGGCAAGGCCGAGGAAGGAACGGAGUUGGAGGAGGGUCUUGGGCGGGGGGUACUCGACGAGGGUUGUGACCUGCGAGGGGUCCAUACGGAUGCCUUCAGCGGAGACAAUGUGGCCAAGGAUCGAGAGGAGUUGGCGAAUGUGCUGAAGGUGGGACUUAAAGGUGGGGCUAAAGAUGAGGAUGUCAUCAAGGUACGCGACGACACAGACUUCGAGGAGGUCAUGGAAGAUGUGGUUCAUGGUGGACUGGAAUGUGGCGGGGCCAUUGGUGAGUCCGAAAGGCAUUACGAGGAACUCGUAGUGCCCGAACCGAGAGCGGAAUGCGGUCUUGUGGGUGUCCUCCGCGCAGAUACGGAUCUGGUGGAAGCCACUGCGAAGAUCGAUCUUGGUGAAAUAUUUGGCUCCAGGGAGGCGAUCAAGAAGUUCAGAUAUCCGGGGGAGUGGGUACUUGUUCUUCAUCGUGAUCUGGUUCAAGGCACGGUAGUCUGUGCACAUGCGGAGUUUCGAGGUGUCGUUCUUCUUGACGAAGAGACAACUGGUUCCGAAGGGGGAGGAGCUAGGCUUAAUGAAUCCUUUUUCAAGGAGGUCAUUGAGAUGGCGCUUCACUUCUUCGUCCUCGAGGACGGAGAAUAGGUACGGAUGGCGGCAAGGAGGAGAAUGGUCGGGCUCGAGAUCAAUGGUGUGGGAUACACCUCGAUCG